CAGAAGCCUCCAUUUUCGGAUGCGCAUUGUACGGAUUGUAAGAAGGAGACGAAGUUGGUGUUCGAUCACUCAGCUGGGGAUAUCCUUUGCACCAAGUGUGGUUUGGUUUUGGAAUCUCACUAUAUUGAUGAGACCUCUGAGUGGCGUACCUUCGCUAAUGAGUCUGUCUUCUAACAGCGAUCCCAAUCGUGUCGGUGGUCCAACCAACCCUCUUAUCGCCGGUAGUGCUCUAACCACUGUCAUCGCCCAGCCCAAUGGUUCCUCGGGUGACUUCUUGUCUUCUUCUCUCGGGAGGUGGCAUAAUCGUAACUCCAACUCCGAUCGUGGCUUGAUUCAAGCGUUUAAAACUAUCGCCACCAUGUCUGAAAGGUUCGGACUUGUUGCGACUAUCAAGGGAAGGUAGUUCGUCUGUGUAUAUGUCAAUAUGUCCUAUUGUGGCGUAUCAUCAUAAUUUGGUUGAACAGAUCAUUCUCGACGCCACUUCUCUUUUAGAAGACCUAUUGGGUUCUUAUUCACUCAAGAGAUCUCACUGAAAGUGGACAAAUGGAAGAGCCAUAUGUUGAUCGUUCAAGUCUGCCUGUGCUGCAUCCUUCUCGGUUGAAUGGAGCUAAAUGGUUUAAACACCACACCGAAGUAUCAACUGCUGUGAGAAAAGUCAUUCAAGGUUGCUUUAAGGGAGCAUGGUACUCAUGGAGGAAAGUGCCAGGCUUUUACAAAAGAACUUGGUUUUCACUGUUUCAGAAAAAGUUUAAUUGGGAAGCUGCUAUCAACUAUCAAGUUGAAAGAGAGUUCAACAAGCUUGCUGCAUAUCGCCUCAAAGGAAUGAUAAGCUAUGUAAAGAAUGGAGGAGAAAAACCAGACUGGAUUUUGCUUGAACAUUGGACAAUUAUGCAAGGACAUUGGGCAACAGCAAAAGUAAAGGCAAUUAGUGAGAAGGCUCGUAGAUCUCGACUGUCUGAUCGCAAUGGUUUAGGGCCACAUUCUCACCGAGCGGGUUCACGUUCAUUUGUCAAAGUUCAAGACACUUUGGAAGCAAACAAUGAGGACUACUCUUUUAUUGCUGUGAUGAAGAAAACGCAUCAAAAGCCCGAUGGAACAUAUGUUGAUCAACGAGCACAGUUGGUCGCAGAAAUUUAUGAGAAGCAUGUGCAAGAACGUUUGGGACAACGUGAAUCUGCUGGUGAAGAGAAUGUGACUGCUGAGACUCUUGACAAGAAUGAGAAAAAUGAAAUCUACAUCAAGGCUGCUGGACCAUCUAAACAAGGUCAUGUCUUUGGACUUGGAGCCCUAAGUGAAAUUUUACCAUCUGUUGGUGCUUCUUCAAGCGCAUCACAAACUUUUGAAGAAGUAGAGACGAUCACACAUCGUGUGCAAGAGAUGGAAACUGAUCUGAAAAAAAGCCUUGAAGAAAAUCAGCAGAUCCAAAAAAGACUUGAAGCUAUGGAGAAACUUGUUGAAUCUCUUGCAAGCCAAAAUGCCUAAACUCAACUCCAUUACCAAAACAGUCCACCCCUUUGUCUAGUUGCUGUUUUCUUUAGUUUUUAAUUUCCUUUGGGUUGCUUUGUCUAGUUGCUGUUUUCUUUAGUUUUUAAUUUCCUUUAGGUUGUGUUUUUGGAUUAACUUUGUAUGUGAAUGUUGUCAGUUUGUUAUGUAUAUAUAUCGUUGUUUGCUUGUUAA